AUGCUUUAUAUAAAGAAAGAGCCGGAGGAAAAGGCCCGGACAUUUCCAGAUAACAAUAAAACCUUUGUCAUUUCCAGGGACACAAUCACCCCUCUGGAGAACAAUAAAACCUUCAUCAUAGCAGCUUAUUAUGAUGGCAGAGAGUCCAGCCAAGUGCGUGUGUUGACCAUUAUCCACAAAGAAGAUGUCAAAGAGCUAUAUUGUUGGUUUUACUGUAUGAAUGACCCUGGAUAUGUUUCCGUAAAAGCAACCAUAGAGAUCCACUCCCUAUGGUUUGGGUUUUCUUAUGGGCCAGCAGAUGUGGUCUGCCCUGAACCUCUGAACUGCUCUUCUCAGCACAUCUCCAUCCAUUGGUCCAAAAUAAGAAACACAAAUAAUGUUCCUGUGUUUGAGAUAAAGAACCGCAAUCCCCAGCCUUUCUCUGUAAACUUCACAGUUUGUAUCUCUACCAUGUUCGGAAACCAGGACAACAUAUUGCAGUUUAUCCAGGCCAUAGAGAUGUAUCGUCUUCUAGGGGCCCAGAAGGUGGUCAUCUACAAGAAUGGCUGCAGUAAGGCCAUGGGACGAGUCCUUAAUUACUAUGUCUCAGAAGAAUUUCUAGAGAUUGUACCUUGGCCAAUAGACACAUUUUUAAGAACAUCUGCUGACUGGCAUCAAAAUAUGAACCCUAAAAGCCAAAUUGGGUAUUACGGGCAGCUCUCAGCACUGAAUGAUUGUAUUUACAGAAACAUGUACAAAAGUCGAUAUGUCACCCUCAAUAAUAUGGACGAAAUCAUUCUGCCGAGACAUAACAAAACUUGGGGUGAAAUGAUGGAGACGUUGGAGAAAACCUAUCCAGAUACGUCUGUAUACCUGGUAAAAAACUAUAUCUAUCCAAAGAAAAUCACUGUUCCUAAUUUUCAGACGGCUUUCCCCAAAAAUGUACCAGGAAUCAACAAUCUUCAGCUGAUAUACUAUGAGCCAGAAAUUCCAAAUAGCUUCAACAACCGUAAGAUGAUAGUCAACCCGCGAGAAGUCAUUCAGGUGUCAGUUCACUGUGCAUUAAGAGUUCAUAAGAAAAGUGUUCAUGUUUCCGAUAAUAUCGUAAGACUUCACCACGGCCGGACACCAAUGCAGCCAAAUCUCCCAAAGACAUCUCUCAUAAGAGACACGACCAUAUGGAAAUACAAUUCUACUCUUAUUACAAAUGUUAACAAGGUUUUAAGACAACUGAACUAUCACUGAAAUCCAGGUUCUCCAUACUGUAUGUAGAUACUCACCUGUCAGGAGAUACAUAUAGCCAAAAAUCAAGAAUUCAUACGAUCGUUGUAAAGAGUUAAAGGAACACUAAACACUAAGCACUUUCUGUGAGUCCCUGA